GCGCGCCUCAUCCCAUCUCAUGCAUGGCUGCCAGUAAUGGUCUACUGGGUGUCAGCUUUUAUUGGCACGGCACAAAGCAAGUGCCAAGGGCUCGGAGGCUCGACUCCCCGCAGCAGACUCGGCCUGUGGAUAAAAGCGAGCAAAAUGCCCCAGCCGAGCUCAGAGACAUAGUCAUGUUGGGCUGGAACGAGGAAGUGCAGUGGAGAGGGGAGGGACUCCGGGCGCAGCUCCAUGGGGCCGCCGCGGCGCUGCGACCUUCUGCACAUGGAGCCGGGGAGAGUUGGAAGAACUUCAUACUGCAAACUCAAGGAAUAGCAGAGUACCUGCACCGCAUGGAGACAGAGGAGGCCCAGGAAAUGGCCCAGAUGCCAGGCAGGGACAGCCCCCCUGCCAACGAAGCGUCGGAGGAGGCAGAGGAACCAAUGGCCGUCCCUGAGGACCUGUCAGCCGGCUCCACCCACCCGCAGAACAACAGAGGGGACAAAGCCUAUAACAUUAAAGUUGAGGCUCGCAGUGAUGAGGAGAAUGGGCUGGCCUGUGACAUGAAUGGCGUGGAGGAGGAGGAGUGCGCGGAAGACUUGCGCGUGAUCGAUGCCUCGGGGGCCAAGGUGAACGGCUCACAGCCGAGCCCCGAAGCCAAGGCCUUCUCCUCGGCUGGCGGUAUCCGGCUGCCCAACGGGAAGCUCAAGUGCGAUAUCUGUGGGAUAGUUUGCAUUGGCCCCAAUGUGUUGAUGGUGCACAAGCGGAGCCACACUGGAGAACGUCCUUUCCAGUGCAGCCAGUGCGGGGCCUCUUUCACCCAGAAGGGCAACCUGCUGCGUCACAUCAAGCUCCACUCAGGGGAGAAACCCUUUAAGUGUCACCUAUGCAGCUACGCCUGUCGCAGGAGGGACGCCCUCUCCGGACAUUUACGCACCCACUCAGUUGGAAAACCCCACAAGUGUGCUUACUGUGGGCGGAGUUACAAGCAGCGCAGCUCUCUCGAGGAGCACAAGGAGCGCUGUCACAACUACCUGCAGUGCAUGGGGCUGCAGAACAGCAUGUACACAGUAGUAAAGGAAGAAAGCAACCAGAAUGAGCAGAGGGAAGACUUAAGCCAGACGGGAUCUGACAGAGCCUUGGUGCUAGACAGACUAGCUAAUAAUGUAGCUAAGCGUAAGAGCACUAUGCCACAGAAGUUUGUGGGUGAGAAACGUCUGUCAGACCUCUCCUACGACGGAGGAGCAGGCGAGCUGAUUCAGCCCCACGUCAUCGACCAGGCCAUCAACAGCGCCAUCAGCUACCUGGGGGCCGAGUCGCUCCGGCCUCUGGUGCAGACCUCCCCGGCCUCCUCUUCCGAUGUGGGCCUCAGCUCCAUGUACCCCCUCCACAAGCAGACGGGCGAGGGCCACGCGGGGACGGGCCACAACCUGUCGGCCAAAGACAGCGCAGCCGAGAACCUGCUGCUCCUCUCCAACUCCAAGUCUGCGUCCAGCGAGAAGGACGGCUCGCCCAGCCACAGCGGCCAGGACUCCACAGACACCGAGAGCAACAACGAGGAACGUCCGGGCGGGGCGGCUUCCGGCCUCAUCUACCUGACCAAUCACAUCACGUCAGGGGUGAGAAACGGCAUGCUCCCGCUGGUGAAGGAGGAGCAGCAGAGGCAGUACGAGGCCAUCCGGGCCAGCAUAGAGAUGGCUUCAGAGGGCUUCAAGGUGGUGACAGCAGACGGGGAGCAGGUGAGGGCGUACCGGUGCGAACACUGCCGCGUUCUCUUCCUGGACCACGUCAUGUACACCAUUCACAUGGGCUGUCACGGCUUCAGAGACCCCUUCGAGUGCAACCUCUGUGGUCACCGGAGUCAAGACCGAUACGAGUUCUCCUCUCACAUAACGCGAGGGGAGCAUCGCUACUGAGCCCCCUUACACUGGAGAGAACACACACACACACACACACACACACACACACACACACACACACACACACACACACACACACACACACAGACAAAUAGGUGUAGAUAUGGAAAAUAUGCCGCACACAGUCACUCAUGCAGACAUGCACUGGAAAUAAACGCAUAGAAAUACAUCAUGUAAAUUACACUGUUGAUGUCUGAAAGUUGUCUUUUUUAUACAAAGUAUGCAUGUUUGUUGAACACAGAUAAAUGCACAACUAUACAAAAAAGAAACUUUUUUUUUUUCAAAUACCAAGGCUCAAAAGGACGAGUAGUAAGAAACAAAUGUAUGUAUGAUAAUAAUGUUCCGUGUAGACAACACAGUGGAGCUACUGGGCCACAGUAGGACAGUUUAGACUUGAAAGGGGAGAGAGAAGGGGAAAGACAUGCAGCAAAGGGCCGCAGGUUGGAAUCAAACCUGUGGCCGCUGCGAUGAGGAGUGAACCUCUAUAUAUGGGCGUCCGCUCUACCAGGUGAGCCAACCAGGCACCCUCCUACAAAGGUUUUUAAAUUAUGUAUUUACAGUUGCCACGCGUAUAAAAUGUAUAAAUGUAUCUUUUCUUUUGGAAAACCAGGCAGCAAUAGAAAAGAUUUCCAACCUAAGGUGUAGUAUGUUCUGCAGUUGUUUUCAGUGCAGGACAACUCAUUUUAAAAUCGGUAUUAAAUGCAAUCAAUAAAAACAAUCAAUGUAGAUAACCCCACAUUUCCUUCUAACGUUUAAACCUGUUCUUGUAUUUGUAACAACCUACUAUUAUUUAUAUCAUAGUUACAUGCCUGUCUGUUUUUGUAUUUAUUACAGUGAUCAAUGUUUGUCUGUAGAGUAGUUAAUAAAAGCUGCAUCUCUUUCUGUCCAACUGUACUAAAUGUGUUUGAGGUGAAAACAUGACCGCUGCUGGAAUUUAUUUUUUAAUUUUAUCCGAAGAAAAUGUUAUCCGGCCUUACCUGAUGGCUAAGAAUUACAUCACUCACAAAAUGACGAGGUGCCAUUUCAGGUUUGAAGGAGCUUUAUGCUUGCAAAAUAUCAAUAAAGGAUAUUUUAUAUAUGCACAAAGACUGGGGAAGUGUUUUGUUUUUCAGUGAAUGGGUGUAGUAAUAAGGAGAAUUUAUACUUGAGGAAGUUGUUUAAUGACUAGACUGCUAACAGCCCUGUAACUAUUGGGAUCAUUUUUAUAUAUUUAUAUACACGUUUUUAAUAGGAUUGUUUUCUUAACUGGACUGUAUUAACCACCUGUCAAAGAAUAUGGAAAUGUCCACAUUAAAGUGAAAAUGAUUCCUGGAGUUAA